AUGGCGGAGUUCCCCAUGGAGCCGAAUCUGUCCAAGAUGCUGCUCACCGCCGUGGACCUGAGAUGUAGCGAUGAGAUCAUGACGAUCGUAGCCAUGCUCUCAGUUCAGAACGUCUUCUACCGUCCGAAGGACAAGCAGGCCAUGGCCGACCAGAAGAAGGCCCGGUUCCACCAGCCGGAGGGAGACCACUGCACGCUCCUGGAGGUCUACAAGGGCUGGGCGCACAACAGGUUCUCCAAUCCCUGGUGCUACGAGAACUUCAUCCAGGCCCGCGCCCUGCGGCGGUCCCAGGACGUCCGGAAGCAGCUCAUUUCCCUGAUGGACAGGUAUAAGUUCGUCAUCGUGUCUUGCGGGAAUGACUACAACCGGAUCCGGAAGUGCAUCGCCGCGGGCUACUUCGGCAAUGCCUGCAGGCGUGACCCGCAGGAGGGCUACCGCACGCUCGCCGACCACCAGCAGGUGUACAUCCACCCGAGUUCGGCGCUGUAUCAGCGCAACCCCGAGUGGAUCGUCUACCACGAGCUGGUGUUGACGAGCAAGGAGUACCUGCGGGAGUGCUCCACGGUGGAGCCCCAGUGGCUGCCCGAGCUCGCCCCGAACCUGUUUGUGCGAGCCGAUCCCACCAAGCUGUCGAGGAGGAAGCAGCGCGAGCGCAUAGAGCCGCUGUACAACCGCUUCGAGGAGCCGAACUCGUGGCGGUUGUCGCGCCGGCGCGGCUGA